AUGGCGACCGCAGCCGCAAACACGUCUCCUCUGGGCGUUGGUGGAACGCUGACGCUGAUACGUCACGCGCAAACGAUUGCGAAUGUGGCGCACGUGCUUCAAGGAAGCACAGACUCUCCAUUGUCUCCACUUGGAGAAUCUCAACUGGAAUGCCUUGGCGACUGCAGCCUCUGGAAGCAGCUGCACGAAGCCUUGCUCCGCGGGGAUUGCGUGGAAAUUUAUCACUCUCCGCUCGGUCGAACGAGCAGGACAGCUCAGGUCGCGCACGAAGCGAUGCGUAGACACAUCCUUACUUCUACCGAGCCUGCUAAUGCUGCUGCUUGCGGUGAAAGGUUGAGCAUAAGCGCUCGAAGCGCGCUGCAGGAAAGGGAUUUUGGCUUCAGAGAAUGCACUCGGAGAGGCUUUCACCAGACCGGCUUUCCAAAAGGCAUUGGACGAGGAGAGUCCAACGACGCAUGGAUGCGCAGGGUGCAGAUGGAAGGGAAAUGGCUGAUGAGCAGGGCGGAGCUGCGCCACACGGAGAGCAACACCACCGGUAAAAGGACGCUGGGCAGGGAGAAUGAGGGCAACGAAAGCAAAAAGGCCAAGAAUGACGGAGCGACUAUCGGUCGAGUUGAGUCAAGAACGAGCUAUGCUCUGUCUGCGCCGCAAGCUUUUGUAAAGAGCAGCAGCAAAAAUUGCACGGGAAAGCAAAUAGACCAGAAGCAAGAGGAAUCCUGCAUAGAAUCCAAGCCCAUCAGCGCCUGGCAGCCUCUGCCUUUGCACGCCUCCUCCAGUGCAAAGGCAGCCGCGCUCCCAAAGCCCAGCAUCGCCUCUAUCAGCCAGCCUUUUCCAGACCUUGCAGCAUUGCCACGACGACAUCUCGUAAUAGUCACCCACGGUCUCUUCAUUUCCAGCUUUUUCAAAUUGUGCAUGCCAGCAGGCAACCAAAUGUCCGUACCUUUUGCGGACAACACGGCCCUGUACACGCUCGUCCGUCACGAAAUCAUUCCAGGCUUGGUAGGCCGUGACGAAGAUCCUCUGAUGCCUGCUACGACCUCGACUUCAACAUCAAUACCUGCUGCGUUGUCUGAGCAAGCCAAAAGAUGCAAGUUGGUACUGCAGAGGACCAACGAUACGUCACACCUCCAUGAACAGGCGCGGACCACUCGGGCGGGCCGCGGUCGUUUGGGCGAACCCGACCCCAAACAGAGGAGCUUGAAGGACAUGUGGAAAAAAAGAUGA